AUGUUUCAACAACAAGAAUUGCCACAAGAAGAAAGAAUCCAACGACUCGUGAAUCAUUUAUUUCCCAUCCAUAGGAUGAAAGAUGAUCAACAGCAGCAACAGUAUCAACAACAACAACAACCUAUUGAUGAUCAUCCGAUAAUCAUUUCAAACAAUUUCUUAUGCGGAGCUCGUCCACAAGAUAUUCCAUCAUUGCAAUCUCUAUCAUCAUCACGAAUUAAAAGUCCAGCCAUCUUGUUGAAUCGAUAUCCGAAAGGGAUGAUUCAAGAAGAGGAUUUUAAAAUGGUUCAUGUAGACCUACCAGAUCUACCAGACCUCAGACUUGAAUCUGUUCCAUCAUCAUCAUCAUCCAACGAUAUGAACAUGAUGAAUGAAAAUACUACAAUUGUCGUUCAAUUAUUAUAUGUCAGUGUAGAUCCUUAUAUGAGAGCUCGGAUGCAACCAAAAACACCAAAAGGUUAUUUUCCAGCCUUUCAAUUGAAUGAGCCUAUGAAUAGUGGUUGUGUCGUGAAAGUCUUGGAGUCAAGAAGGGGAAACACAUUCAAGAAAGGAGAUUUACUUUUUGGAUACUUUAAAUGGCAAAAAGUACAGGUUGUAACAAUCAAGAGUAGGAGUGAAUUGAAAGACUAUGUCAAGUUAGAUCCAUCACUUGGAAUGCCUCUUUCUUAUUAUCUUGGAGUUUUGGGUAUGCCAGGUGUCACAAGUUAUUGGGGACUUUUGGACAUUUGUCAACCAAAGAAAGGAGAAGUUGUGGUGGUGAGUGCUGCUUCAGGAGCUGUAGGUAGCGUGGUUGGACAAAUUUCAAAGCUUAAAGGGUGUUUCGUCAUUGGAAUUUCUGGUGGAUCUGAAGAGUCUGCAAAAGAACUCAAAUCCAUUGGUUUUGAUGAAAUUAUUAAUUACAAGAAAUAUCCUCAUACCAUCUCAUUGAAACAAGCCAUUGAAAAAGUGUCACCCAAUGGAGGUGUUGAUUGUUUCUUUGACAAUGUGGGUGGAUAUAUUCUCGAUGCAGUUUCAUUAUGCAUGAAUAAGUAUGGAAGAAUUUCUUUGUGUGGAGCAAUCAGUCAAUACAAUGAAGAUGGAAUGGAAACAGGUCCAAGAAUGAAUUCUCUCUAUGUGGUGAGAGAAUUGACAGUGAAAGGAUUUUUAGUUACCUCAUACUAUGAUCGAUACGAUGAGAGUAUGAGAAAUUUAUCAAUAUGGGUCAAGGAAGGUAAAAUCAAAGCUCUAGAAACCAUGGUGAAAGGUUUUGAAAACAUUCCACAAGCAUUGAUGAGAAUUUUCUCUGGAGAUAAAAUUGGAAAAAUUGUCGUGGAUUGUUGCGAGUGA